UCGAGCCAAGUGGACGUGGAAGCCACCUCGAUCUCGGCCAGAGAGGGAUCACAUACCCAAAGUGGCUUUCGCUUUCGUGACGGUUCACGGUUUACGGUUUAUGGCUUCCCUUGGGUUUCCAUUUCAGUCCGUCUGCUUUGUUGACAAAGUUAUUGCCUUUGGCUUAAUGACUUCGUAAUUGAUUUGCAUUCGAUGUGCCACAUUGAUUGGCAAUUGAAACGUAAGGCAACGCUGGCUCUUUGCAACGCUGCCUGCCCGAGAACCUCUUAACUCCUCAGUGGCCCACUCCAGAAACCAACUCCAUUCCACUCCAUAACCACUCAUUGUCACCCGUUGCUAAUCAAGGAUAUCAAGGAUAAACUGACUUUCAACAUGUCGCUGUCUGUGGCCAGCCGUCGUCGCCACCAGACGACGAACGCUCCACCGUCCACCACGAACUCAUCCUCAUUGACUUCCGGUGGCCGUUAUCAACUACCAUUAUCCGUGCGCAAGCAGCAUUCUUUCAUCGAGCCCACUGCUAGGUUCUCUGCCCAGCAGAGGGGCUAUCUAUCCAGAGGUCUCUCCGUGGGCCGAUCCAUCGAGAAUAUCCGCCAGAAGCUUUAUCCUGUGGGCAGGCAGACAUCUUUGGCCGUGGAGGAGGUAACACCAAGGAUUGCACCCCGCAUUACAGUCUCUCAGGUGCAGGGCUUAAGGCUGAGGGAUAAGAGUCUGGUGGCUUGGUCUUCCACUUCAUCAUUGCUAAAAGAUCAGGAACCGGAAACGGCAACACAAGCUGAACCGGCAGAGGCCAAGAUUAGCGCCAAGGCGGACAAGAAUCGCAUUAAUCUCAAUAUUGUGCUGUCGCAGACCAUUCGGGCGACCAACGAGAGGGAACAGGAAACGGAAGUGGAUGUAGAGACCGACCACAUUAGCGACAUUGAGGGCAGUCAUCCGGUGGACACGUCAGAUAUCCCACCACAGUUAAGCAUCUCGCCGGCCCUGACCGUUCAGAGGCGUCCGCCCCUGGUGCGUGCUAUGUCCGCUCCGGUCCGUGGACUGGACGAGAGCAGCAAGGGCGUCAUUGCAGCCAGCAAGCGUAGCCAACAGAAGCUGCGACGUCGUAAAAUCUUCACGAGAACACCCUCGUCCUCGGUGGCUGGUGGUGUAUCCGUGCCUCUAGAUGUCAUUGGGGAUACCACGUCGUCCGGUUCGGCCGCAGGAAAUGGCACCAAAAAGACAUUGAAUCGAGCACGAAGUGUUGUUGCUCCCGAUGUCAUUACCCUGGUGUCACUACUAAGUUCCGAGGGCAGUGACUCCGAGCGGGAGGACAAUAGUUCAGUGGCAGUAACAUCGCCACCAGCUGGUGGACCGGAAAAACAACAGCCGGGCGCCACGCAGCGAAGGGCUCCGCUGCUAAGGAAGACGGGUAAAUCGGUCUCGUUUCAAGACAGCUAUCCGCCCACCUUCCAAUUGGCCUCCAAGGAGUACUCUCACAUGAUACGCCGUGGAUCGAUAGCACCAUUAGCAGCCCGAAUCCGAGCCAAUCGACCGCCCACAGCACCGCCUGUUUCCAUUUUCCUAACCGAAAUCCAGGCCAAGAUGGACCAGCAGACGAAGAAGGAGGAAAGCGGUGAGCUGCCAGCUGCCACCUUGUCGCCGGACGAGGCCAAGAAGGAGAACAACAAUAAUGCGGCCAACUGUGAGGAGCAACAGCCGCCGCCGGAUCAUAACUAUCCGGUGUAUGUGCGCAGUCUGAAGGAGCGCGAGUGCUGGAAAUUGCAUCAGAAGAUGGGCGCCAAGGGUGUUAGUGUUAGCUAUGAAACGGUAUUGAGGGGCAUGCUAACGCCCACGGAAUUCAGGCACUUCCAAAAGCAGCGGGAACAAGAGGAGGCCCGAGUCCUCGAAGAGGCCGAAGCUGCCGAAGCAGCCGCUGCAGCUGCCAUCCUUGAGAGCGGCGAGAAGGAGGGCCGUAAGCCACCAGUUACGGCCAUUGAACGUCUCUCGGAAGCUCUGCUCCAGAGCAAGUAGAGAGAUUAGCAAGUAGAGAGAACCAAGUUCCAGACACCUUGGAACGUGACCAUUUAAUUGCAUUUGCUCCCUAGAGGAUGUAGCCGUAGUCGAGCACUCGUUAAAACGCAAACGCACCACGCUGAGACACCAUAUCGACGUCCACUCGUAGUUCUAGAUGAAUACCACGAAUCCCUGGACCCUCCCCCCCAUUAAAUCCUUAUGAAUUUCUUUGGCGGGACUCAAGCUUAAGUGGACGCUGAGCCUGGCCAAUAUAAUCGUAGAUCCAACGUAGAUCCAUAACAAUAAAGC